AUGUCUGGCUCUCUCUUCUACGGCGGUACACCUUUUCUCAAUUUCAGUGAGUUCCACGCAACGUGGUCAAGAAUCGUAAACCAAAACUGCCUCCCUCUCUGCCGGCAACGGCAGCAUUCCUCCGCCGCCGUACCCUCCACCAACAUUAAAACCGUCCUCGAACGCUUAGAUUGGUACUACGAAAAACUCGAUUCCUUCGCCAAGAACGAUAUCAAAACCAUCCCUUACCUCCUCUUCACUCCCUGGCGCAACCCGCUCGAGAUGCCGAUUCUCUUCCUCGGCUAUCUCCAUCCUUACCUCCUCACCAGUCUCUUCCGAUCUAUCACCAAUAAAGAGAGUCAAGAUUCACAUGACGAGCUGUUGAAGAGAAUAGAGGACAAGGUUAGGGAUAAAGUCUCUGUUCUACUAAAUCAGAUGAGCGAAGCACAGAUGCGUUUCGCGGCUCUAUUCUCGGAAAACUGGGUCUCGAGCUCGGCGUAUCUUUCUCAGGAAGGGCUACAGAGGCAAACGGUUAUGGAGACGGAAUUUUCAGUGGCGGUGAUGGAUGAGGAGGGCAAGCAAGAGAUGGAGAAGUUUGCGAACAUCUUCGUUGAGGCGAAUCUUUUAAGGAAGGAAGUGAUCAAGGAGAUUGUUGAAGGUACAGAGGAUCAUCUAUCGGCUCUGUUUCUUGAAGCUCUGUUCAGAUUAUUUGUUGCGUUUAAAGAUCAGGGUCAGGGAUUUCAGAACUCUCCUCUACAUGCAUCUCCGCUCAUGUAUAACCAACAGCAUCCACCUGGACCGGCUAACGGUUUUCAUAGACCGGUUCCACCACCUGGACCGGCUAACGGUUUUCAUAGACCGGUUCCACCACCUGGACCGGCUUUUCCGAUCCAGUCGCGUAUACCUGAAGCUGCUCACAAUCUUCCUAGAUCACCUUUUCCGUUCAUGAACCAGCAGCGUUCACCUGAACCGGCUCACUUUCCUCCUGUGCCGGUUCCGGUUCCAUCAAAUGACCGGACACUUUGGAUAGGAGAUGUGAAGGACAACAUGGACUCAGGUUUCCUCACCAACACUUGUUUUGCUCCAUACGACAGGGUGGUUUCCGCUAAAGUCAUCCCUGACAGCGAAACCGGUCAGAGGUACGGUUUUAUCGAGUUUGGAACUUGGUCUGCAGCGAACCGGGCUCUACAACGAUACAACAACGCUGAGAUCCCUGGCGUGUUUCCCAUCAAGCGGUUUAGAUUGCACUGGUCGAAACUCAGAGCGGAAUACACUAUACACGUUGGGAAUCUGAGCGACGAUGUUACGGCUGAUGUGCUAGGAGAUACGUUCAGAGCACGUUACCAAUCGGUUAGGGCUGCAGCAGUCAAGAUUUGCCAUGUCACAAGAGCUUGCCAAGGAUAUGGUUUUGUUAGCUUCUCGGAUGUGAACGAUCGAAUUCGUGCUAAGGAGGAAAUGGAGGGUGCUCUUUGUUGCAACAGGCGUGUCACUAUUGGUUCUGGAGGUAGAAUGCCAACCGGUGGCACACACUUUUCUUCUUUUACUUGGAAUUGA